CAUCCAACAGAUUAUUUCAAAGUGUCAGAAACACAAUCAUUGCAAAGCUUGCUUUACAAUGCCAGAAUGACAUUUCACACACAGAGACACACACAAACUCUCUGUCUCUCUCUCUCUCUCACACGCACGAACACACACACACACAGAGACUAACGUUUGCUUCUCUGUGUUCCCUUACAGAGGUGGUCUUCUCCAGAAGAAGCACCUGGCCGUGCUUGAUGCAGAGGGACGUGAAGAGAGGGGGGGCUGUCAAUGUUGCUGAAACAGGAAAAAGCAUGAGGCUACAUGUGUCUCAGGUGUGCUGUUACCUGCCCAGAUGUGUUAGUUCUCUACAGUGAAGCAGCAGAAGCAGGAGAGAGAGUCCAUCACAGACCAUCAGUCGUGUCAAAACAACAUGAUCUUCAUCUUCUUCACCGUUUUUCUUCCAGCAGCUCUGUUUCACGACCCCGGGGACAUCCGGGACCUUCAGGACCAGUGUCCCGACGGCUCAUGUGACCCCCAGCUUGGUGACCUGAUGGUGGGUCGAGCAGCUCAGCUGUCCGCUUCGUCUACCUGCGGUCUGGACGGACCAGAAAACUACUGCAUCAUCGGGUACCUGGAGGAGGAGAGAAAAUGUUUCAUAUGUGACUCUCGGCUGCCGUUCAAUCUCUAUAGCAACCCCAACAGCCACCGCAUCGAGAACAUCAUCACGACCUUCGACCCCGAGAGGAGAAUGAAAUGGUGGCAGUCUGAGAAUGGAGUUCAUGAGGUCAGCAUUCAGCUGGAUCUGGAGACCAUGUUCCAGUUCAGUCAUCUGGUCCUCAACUUCAAGAGUUUCCGUCCAGCGGCCAUGUUGGUGGAGCGAUCAAAGGAUUUCGGAAGAAGCUGGAAAGUCUUUCGUUAUUUUGCAGAAGACUGUUUGCUUCAUUUCCCUUCAGUGUCCGAUCAGCCGGCCGACAGUGUCGAUGAUGUCGUCUGCGACAGCAGAUACUCCAGCUCAGAUCCGUCCACUGACGGAGAGGUGGUGCUGAAAGCUCUUGAUCCUGUGUUUGAAAUAGAAAACCUGUACGCACCACACAUUCAAGAUCUGAUCACCUUGACAAAUAUCCGCGUGAAUUUCACUCGUCUGUUCACGUUGGGUGACACACUAUUGGGGCGCAGACGCAGGAACCCUCAGGACAAAUAUUACUACGCUCUUUACAACAUGGUGGUCCGAGGAAGCUGCUUCUGUCAUGGACACGCUGGCCAAUGUACGCAUGUGGAUGGAGGACGAGGGGAUGUCUUUACCAAGACUACCAUGGUUCAAGGUCGAUGUGUUUGUCAGCACAAUACAGCCGGCGAUAACUGUGAGAGAUGUCAGGACUUUCACCACGACUCCCCCUGGAGGCCUGGAGGAGAAAACGAUGCCAACAUCUGCAGGAGAUGUAACUGUCACGGUCACUCAGACUCGUGUCACUUUGACUCCGCUCGUUUCAAAGCGACAGGCAGCGUGAGCGGCGGUAUCUGUGAUGACUGCCGUCAUGACAGGACGGGGCCUCAGUGUGAACGAUGUCAACCAUUUCUGUAUCAAGAUCCACAGAGAACGACAGACGACCCACACGCCUGCAUACCAUGUGACUGCGACCCAGCCGGUUCUCAGGGCGGUGGUCUGUGUGACGCUCUGAGCGGCCAUUGCGUCUGUAAAGAAAACGUGGAGGGUCAACGUUGUGAUCGCUGCAAACACGGCUUCUUCAAUCUGAGACAGGACAAUCCCUCCGGCUGUCAGGUGUGCAGGUGUCAUGUUUUAGGAAGUGUCGGGUCUUGUGAUCAGCUGACAGGAAGUUGUGAAUGUGACCAUUUGGCAAUCGGACCGCUGUGUGAUCGAUGUCUGGAAGGUUUCUGGGGUUUGGGAAACUCUGUGUUCAGAUGUUCGCCCUGCGACUGCGAUGUUGGAGGAGCUUACAGCACCAUGUGUUCUCCGGAGGAUGGACAGUGUCAGUGUUUACCCAACAUGGUGGGUCGGCGCUGCUCCGACCCUGCCCCCGCCUACUUCCUGCCUCUGUUGGACUACUUCCUGUAUGAGGCGGAGCUCGCUGCUCCGCUGCACGGAGGAAGCUCUCCUCCGUCUACUCCUCCAUCAUCUUCUUCUUCUCCUCUGGUGAGAACUGAAGAGUCAAUGUGAUGAUCAGAGAGAUCAGAGACAGCAGUGUGCCUCCAUGUUUCUGUGUGUUCACCUCUUAGUAACAUCUGUGUGUGUGUGUCUGUGUGUGUCUGUGUGGCUGUGUGUGUGUGAGUCUGUCUCCAGGUCAACCCUGGUGUUUUGCCGCGGUGUGAGAAGUAUUUCAGAGAGCAGGGUUAUGACUUUAAGUUCACUAACGGACGAGUCAUUCUGGUUCGAAAGACUCCAAGACUCACCCGCCGGAGGAGACAGCAGAGAGGCCUCCCUCUGGAACCUGGUCACGCCCUGCAGAUCGUUCCCCGUCAGAGGACAGCUGAUCGCCCCGUCACGUGGACCGGCCUGGGAUUUGUCAGAGUGUUGGAGGGGGCGGGGCUUAGGUUCACUGUAGACAACCUCCCAUCGUCUAUGGAUUACCAGCUCGUGAUUCGUUAUGAGCCAGAGUCUCCGUCUGAUUGGCUGGCUUCAGUCAGCAUCAUUGCGGUGUCGCUGGGUGACGGCAGAUGCAGCAGCGACCCGACAGGAAGUAAAACACUGAUUCUUCCUGGAAACUCCAGAGGAAGUAUUCUGGACUCUGCGGUGUGUCUGAACGCAGGCGGUCAGUACUUUGUGAACGUCGUCUUCAACAAACAGCCGGGAUCGGACGCCUCGUCCAGCUCACACCUCCUGAUCGACUCGAUGGAUCUGAUUCCCAGUAUCGAGUCUGUCCGUGACUUCUGCUCCCAGAGUGACCUUGACUCUUUCCGACACUUUCGCUGCAUUGGAUUGGCUGCCGAGCUCGGCCAGCCAGAGUCGCUAUUGGGAGUCUGCGAGGGACUCAUCAAGAGCAUGUCGGCACGAAUCCACAACGGAGCUGUUCUUUGCAGGUGUAACGUCGUUGGCUCUGUCGGACCAUCUUGCAGUAGCCAGGGAGGAUUCUGUGAAUGUAAACCCAAUGUGAUUGGACAUUGCUGUGAUACUUGUGCACCACUGACGUUUGGUUUCGGACCUGACGGCUGCAAACCAUGUGAGUGUGACCCUCGAGGUUUGCUGUCGGAGCUUUGUGAUCAGGUCAGAGGUCAGUGUGUGUGUCGUUUAGAGGUAACGGGUCAACGUUGUGAUCGCUGUCUGGCGGGGUUCUGGGGUUUCCCUUUCUGUCGACCCUGUGAAUGUAACGGACUGUCGGAGGUGUGUGAUGAAGAAACCGGAGAGUGUCUGAACUGCAGGGAGCAAGCCAUUGGACCAAACUGUGACAGGUGUGUGGAGGGUUACUAUGGUAACCCUGUAUCCAGAACGCCCUGUCAGCCCUGCCUGUGUCCGGACGCUCAGAGCAGCGGACGUUUCUUCGCCACCUCUUGCCAACACGACCCACAAUCCCUCAGUGUUACCUGUGACUGCCGGGAGGGGCACACAGGUCCAAGCUGCGACAGAUGCAUCCCUGGUUUCUAUGGUGACUUGUCGUUGCCUGGCGCCCAGUGUGAGGAGUGUCCCUGCAACAACAACAUCAGCCCAGACGACCGUGACCCCUGCAACAGCCUGACGGGCGAAUGUCUGCAAUGCCUUCACAACACGACGGGACCCCGCUGCCAAGACUGCAAACCUGGUUACUACGGCAACGCCCUGGACCAGGACUGCAACGAAUGCCUUUGUGACCGGCGGGGGACGGAGGUGACUCAGUGUCCUCUGGAGAGUCCCUGCUUCUGUGAUUCCAGGACGGGACAGUGUCCCUGCAGGACGGGGGUGCUUAGCGUCCUCUGUGAUGAGUGUGAGGACGGAUACUGGAACCUGGGCAGAGCCUCAGGGUGUCAACCCUGCAGCUGUGAUCCUGUUAACUCUUUCUCCAACAUCUGCAACAAGGUGACGGGACAGUGUCCGUGUCGUCCUGAGUUUGGAGGAAGACAGUGUGACGAAUGUGGAGAAAAUCAUUUUGGGAAUCCAGACCUGCAGUGUAUCUCUUGUGACUGUAACCUGGAGGGAACCGAGCGUCCGUCAUGUGACCCUGAAACCGGCGAGUGUCUCUGUCGGGUCGGCAUCACCGGUAUCUUCUGUGAUCAGUGCGCCCCUGGCUAUGACUCAGCAUUCCCGGCCUGUGCGGAGUGCCACUCGUGCACCGGCCUCUGGGCUGAAAGCAUGACCGAUGUCCAUCGAGCCGCCCAGAGGAUGAAAACCUUCAUCACUAGCCAUGGCGAUGACCUGCGGCCCAGAGACGGUUGCCAACUGCAACAGAUGCUGGAGAUGAAGUCCAAGCUGGACGGCCUCGCCAACUUGACGAGACUCUCGCCACCAAAUCUGGAGAAGCUGGAGAAACUGUUUGCAAUGAUCGGGAAGGUGAAAGACGGCAUCGACCCGAACAUGAUUCUGAUUGACCUGUCUCCUCUCCUCAACACGGACAUCGACAACAUUCGUCUGGAGUUCAAGACCCUGCUGAAUAACCUGAAGAGGAAACUCAUCGAAGAUCCGGACGAUGAAGAGGAACACAUUGAGGAGCUGCUGGAUGAGAUCCAGAAGCGUCACAACGCCUUCAUGUUGGACGAGAAGAGAGUGAGAAACGCUAGCAGAGCUCUGGAGGACUCCAUGGACACCAGACAGGAAGUUAAACACAAACUGAGCAUGUGCAGCAGCAGCGGCAGCGGAGACCUUGCGCUGCUGGAGAAGAAUGUCAAAGAGCUCAGCGUGGUCAACCUCAAUCGAAAGCUCUGCGGAGGACCAGGUCUGGAUGACUGUUCAGGCUGUGGUGGAGCGCUGUGUGGAUCUCUGCAUCUGGGAAACAGGAAAUGUGGAGGUCCAAACUGUGACGGAGUGGUUCCUGUGAGUCAGAUAGCUUCAGAGACAGCAGAGAGAGCAAAGGAUCGACUGGCCAUGCUCCCGUCCAGUUUGCAGGAGUCCCAUAACAAGAUCAAAGAUGCCCAGCGGGCAGCUCAGGACACGAAAGACCGGGCCAAAGACCUCCAGGACCGGAUCAAUGACAGCAUGGUCUCCCUGGAGAGAGAGAAGAAUCAAACCAAGCAGCUGAUCCAGCGAGUCAAAGACUACCUGAUGGAUGAGAUGGUUCCUCCGGAGGACAUUGAGAAAAUGUCCCAAGCUGUUCUGGCCAUCCAGUUGCCAGGAACACCAGAUCAGAUCCGAUCAAUGAUCAAAGACAUCAAUAAUCUGCUGUCCAACACCAUCAACAUCCAAGACGACCUGAGGUACCUGCAGGAGACUGCCGAGACCGCCCAAGACCUGCUGCAGAGAGCUCGGGAACUCAAGGAGCGGACAAAGAACAUUGAUGUGACUGAGAUCAGCAGAGACAUUUCUGGAGCAGAGAAAGCUCAGGACAAAGCCAACAACGACCUGGACGCAGCCAGCCGAGACAGAGACAUGACCAAAGACCGCAUCCAAGAUAUGAAAGACAAACUGGACGACGUCGAGACAAAGUUGAUGAAUCGUCAACCUAAAAAUCUGCAGGAUGAGAUUGAAGCCCUGAAGGAGAAAACUGAACAGAACAAAGAGAUGGCCAGAGACGCCCAAGAGGCUGCAGACUCUGCUUUAAACCAGACUACCGACACAGAACCAGAGCUGGAGGACGUGAUGAAGCUAUUUGAGCUUUUAAAGCAGAAAACCUCCAACCAGACGGUUCAGAGUGAAGCCGGAGAACGUCUGAAGAACAUUGUGGAGGAGGCGGAGAAGAUGAAGAAACAGGUGGAGGACAAACUGCAACAGAUACAAGAUCUGGAGCAGAAGAUCCAGAAGCUGAUCCAGAACAAAGAGAUCAAAGCGGCUGAAGUCUCCAUGUUGUUAGACACGGUAGAUUCACUUCAACGGGAAAUCUCCAAACGGGCCAAAGGAUACAUCACCUGUACCACCUAGACACAGCUGACAGAGCUGGAGAGUAACUAGUUACGUGUACUCUAAUUACAAAAUUAAGAUAACUGUAAUCCGUUACAGUUACUUGGAGAAAAUGUGUAAUUAAAUUACAGAUAUCUAUGAAAAUGUUCAUGAUUACGUUUGGGGUUACAUCUGAAUAUGUUCUAUAAAAAGCUAGGCUACAUGUGGAAUGAUAUUAAUUGUGUUGCGUUGCAUGUUUUUCAUGUGCACAAUGUCUUGUGAUGCCAUUUCCAGCCACAGAUGUUAAUAAAGUUUGGUGCUAUUCUGAUGCUUUGGA